AUGACUUCCCUCAACACCGUUGGCUGGACGCCAUCCCCGAACGGCAAAGGCACGCUCGAUAUCUUCUUUACCAACCUUCUCCGCCUCUUUGUCUGUGUAUGGACUGUCCUGCACCACAACCUACAAGCUCCACCCGAGAUGCUCACCCUGUUUGCCGUCAUGAAGUGGAACGCAGCCAACAUCUCGGUGAAGGAGAUGCGGGCGUUGGGGACGAAGCGGGAAUGGACCCGGGUACACGCCUUCUACGCCAACGCCGGCGGCUUCGCCCUCCAGACGCCCGACUCCCCUUCAUUUCCCAUCAACGCCACCUCGAUCCACUACCUCUGCUCCCAUAAACGGAUCGAGGUCCCAAACAUCACCAGGGACAACAUAUGGGACCGCAGCAAAGCCGACCACUUCGCCAAACGUCUCGCCUUUCUCCAGGCAAGCUGGACCCUGCUGCAGAUUGUCGCCCGCCGCAGCCAGCAGUUGAUCAUCACGCCCCUGGAGGUCUUCACGGCCGCCUUCAUCGUCCUAUACCUCGCGACGGCGUUCUUCUGGGCGAGCAAGCCGCAGAACGUGGCCGAGCCCACCGUUAAUACCGUCGAUUGGACGGUGGCGGACCUGCUCCUCGCUGCCGGCGACGCCGCGCGGGAUCUCUACGUCGACACGCCGCUCGACUUCGUGGAAAAGCCGGUCUGGGAUGGCUGA